UAUUUUGCUUUCUCUUUGGAGUCCUUUGUGGAGGAGAGGAAUCGGGCAGCUCUGAGGCUGCAGACAAAGCAGUCCCAUGUAGAAUAAGGGCUCCUGAUUGUGAAUGGAAAAAGGUGCUGUUAGAGAUAAGCACAGUUGCACUGAGGAGAGACUAAAGCCUGCGUUACUGGGAGUCUGUUUAUGAAGACAGCAACGAGUUGUAAAGUUACACAGGACUUUAAGGGUAUAGAUGCAGAGGAGCCAAACUGAAGACCAAAGAAUGGUUCCUAACACUGAGAGUACCUCCACUGAACAGAAUUGCCACUGUAUGCUGCAAGGAUGUAAGGAGGUUUCUAGGAUGGAGUUUUCUGAGCCAGAGAAGGAGAAAGACUAUCUCUCUUCCUGUUGAAAACCUUGCUUUCCUCAGCCUCCCUUCUCCACCAUUCCUCUCACAAGUAUGCUCAGAUGGUAACAAAUGGAGCCACAGAAUGCAACCAAUCCUGUGACGGAAUUUGUCCUCCUGGGCUUCAACCACAGUCUUAAGAUUCAACAAUUACUCUUCAUGGUCUUCUUCAUUGUCUACUUGAUGACCUGCUUGGAAAACAUCACCAUCCUCACCACUGUUAUCACAGACUACCAUUUGCACACACCCAUGUACUUCUUUCUGGCCAACUUAGCCUUCACAGAUAUAACCGAAUCCUCAGUAAAUAUUCCUGUUCUAUUGUCAGGUCUCCUCUCCCAGCAUAAAACUGUUCCAUUCAAGGACUGCAUUCUUCACAUGUUUUUGUUCCACUUCAUCGGUGGUGCUCACAUCUUCCUUCUUGCAGUGAUGGCAGCUGAUCGAUAUGUCGCUAUCCAUAAGCCCUUGCAGUACUCGACAAUCAUGAACCAUGAAGUGUGUGUAGGUCUAGUGGCAGGGUCGUGGGCAGGUGGAUUCAUUCACUCCGCAACACAGAUUGCUCUGCUUCUCCCUUUACCUUACUGUGGUCCUAACACCCUGGACCAUUUCCACUGCGAUGUUCUACAAGUAGUGAAAGUGGCCUGCGCUAACACCUACCUGACUGAGCUGCUGAUGGUCUCAAAUGGUGGACUGCUCCUUGGAGUAAUUUUUGUCUUGCUCCUCAUUUCAUACACUGUCAUUUUAGUCAAGAUACGGGGACAAGUCACCGAAGGAAAGCACAAAGCUUUGUCUACCUGCAUAGUCCAGGUAAUGGCAAUAAGCAUCACGUUCAUUCCAGGGAUAUUCAUCUAUGCUCGGCCCUUCAAGACAUUUAAACUGGACAAAGUAGCCUCCCUCUUCUUCACUGUGUUUGUUCCAGUGCUGAAUCCUCUGGUUUACACCCUGAGAAAUACUGAAAUGAAAAGGGCCAUCAGGAGGCUUUUUUCUAGGGUCAUAAGAGAUUCUUCCUUGAUUUAA